UGUCAUAAUAAUUUUUAGACUUUUAAUUAAGUUUUGUUUAAUUUCUUGCAUUAUUUGUACAUUUUGUACACAUUAAUUAAUUUAUUUUGCUAAAAAUUUAAGUUUUUCUUUUAAGGAUUCCAAGUGGUCUCAAUUUUGUUAAUAUAAUCUCUUAGACGCACCAAGGACCUUUGAUAAAGGUUUUACAGUGAAAAGUGUAGUCUUAACACAGUAAUGUAGUGUAAGAAUUGACACCCACAGAGUUAGUGAAUAACUUUUAUAGGUGCGAUAUAUUUUAAAAACAUGCGGAACUAAAAACUUGGAAGAACAAGAGAUUUAUGUUCAAUGAUGAGUGAUACUUCUGGGGUCGAGUGGCUGCCGGCCUAUAGCCCGGGGCCUCCAAGGCACAGCCCUCUUGGUCCUAUACCUCGUUUCCUGUACGAAGAUGUACAGCCAUUGUCUCUACAACAGGAAAAUAACAACAAGGAAAUUGAAGAGAAACUAAAUGCAAACAAAAUAAAGCAUCCCAAGCCAGCCUACAGCUAUGCAAGCAUGAUAAGAUUGGCAAUCAGUAGUUCACCCAACGGCAAGAUGACUCUAAAUGAAAUAUACAAUUACAUAUGUAAUGCUUUUCCCUAUUACAAGGAAGCUGGGAAAGGUUGGAUGAAUUCAAUAAGACACAAUCUCUCUCUGAACAAGUGCUUCAUGAAGGUGGCCCGCAGUAAGGAUGAUCCAGGCAAGGGAUCCUACUGGGCAAUGGACAGCAGUUACAAGAUGGCAGAAGUCACUCCGAGAAGAAGAAGAAGUCUUCGAAUGGCCCCCUACAGUCCAGAGUGCAGUUCCAAUAGCAGUGGAGACGUGAGCGUGGCGGCCGUGCCCACUCCUCCGGCGACGCCCACCACCCCCACUGCCCCCAAUACACCUACCACACCAAUAUCUCCAGCAGCCAUCAAAGAGGAACCCACUGUCAAGGAGGAAUCAGAUUUGACCCACACUGAUGAUGCAUUGUCAGCGCUGAUGAAUGAGGAGCUGAUUGCUGAUGUAGAUAUCAGCAGAGAACGUCGCUGGUGGUCGGCGCGGCGGCACGUGUGCGAGGUGCGGCACAGCGCGCUCACCGACGACUACGGCAACUUCCGCGACGAGCGCGCCGACGACUGCGACUUUGAACAUAUCUGCCAACCGAUCGGAUUUUAG